ACAGACCGUUAAGCCAUGGACAGCGUCACAGUCACUUUGGCUCUACUGGGCAUCUGUUCCCUACUCUACUUUCUCUACGGCGUUCUUCGCGCCCCGACCAAGUUUCCUGAAGGUCCUCGAGGAUGGCGAUCGUACAUGGCAAUCUGGCGUGCCACAAAAGAAUGGAAGUUCCAUCUUCUGUCUAACGACUGGGCUCGUCGCUUUGGUGACGUCACCGGUCUGCGCUUGCUCGGGGGCAAAAAUAUGAUUAUCAUCAACAAUCCAGCGCUCGCUCAUCAGGGUGUUCGACGUGUCGGGAGGCAAAGGUAUGCUCAGCGAGAAGGCUCUUGAUGAAGAGCUGGGGCACCUGUGCCAACAGCUGAGUGACUCCGCGGGCAAAGACGCUCCCCUGCACCAGCUCAUCACUGUCUCCUUGAAGAACCUCAUACACAUAGUGGUGCUGGGGGAGAGAACAAAGCCCGAGAUGGACGACGAUUUGCUGUUUUCGUUUGACCGGAACCUGAACAUGCUGGUGUCCGCGGAAGUGCGCAUGGCACUGGACAUGAUGCCGUCACUACGUCACAUGCCAGGGAUGUUCCGAAAACUAUGGCGUGCCACUCAGACGUCUCAGAGACGGGCGGAAAACCUUGCUUUCUAUAGCCAGAUAGUAUGUUAUUUGUUUGUUUGUUUGUUUGUUUGUUUGUUUGUUUGUUUGUUUGUUUGUUUAUAUUCCCUGGGGUGGGGCCACUGA